AUUUUAUAUGAUCUUUAAGGAUAGGUGGUGAAGUUUCUCUUUCGCUUCUUAUGGUUGCUUUGUAACUGCCAGAGUUAUGGAUUACUCAGAGGUUUAUAUUUAUGGGCAGGACUUGCCCAAUGUUUCACCGAGGAAUGACUCUACCAGCUUCGAAAAGAACGUUACCGUCCUCAAACAUGAAGACGUGAUAGAAACUAAUGGUAUGUUAUUAUCACCAAACAACAUUGAGUUGGCGCAAAUAAAGAAGAAGGAGGGACGCUACAAAUCACGUGUUCAAUUUAACAAAGAUAUGGAUGAAAUUGCUGUAAGAGAGAGACUCAAGAAUGACGUACCCAUUUUAAAAGACGAAAGGUUUUGUUGUGCAGCAAGGAAAAAUCAGGGUACAGCAGAACUUGACCUCGUUGGCAAUCCCCGUGUUUGGGACGGAAGAUUUCAAUGGUUUUCAUGACACCGAAGUUCAAGACUUUGACCUUGACAAGUUUGUGGAUGACAGACUCUCUGAAGAACAGACUGGGAAAAAUGAAAAGGUACUUAAACUUUUAUCAUCGACCGAUGAUAAUCGAGGACAAAGUAAGUUUCGGGAAAGUCAGGUCAUAAAAGAUGUUACAGAUUCUUCCGGACAAACUGACAGUGGUGCUUGCUCAGAGGAUAACACGGCCAUUGGGCAACCAGAAUCUACACCAGUUCGUGAGGCGAGAAUGGAUCCCAGUGAGGGGCCCUUAACGGGCGGUGGAAUGUUCACUGCAGAAGUUGAUAUAGAACUCCCACAGUCGAUGGAAAUUGGUUGGGCAACGUUUGGGCAUAGAGCGGUGAAAGUGAAAGUAUCAGCGGACAGACUUAGCAUUUUUGGAAAGGAAAUUCCUGGUGGUGACAAGCCAGGACCUGUUCCCGUCAUCAUUACUACGCUGUACGGUGAUCCUGUAGCAAAGGGAAUAUAUACUUACAAGGAAAGGAGACCGGAAUAUCCAAAGAAUAAUGUGCUGAACAAGUUCCCUAAACGAACGCUGAACGAUAUUGAGGCGGGUUUGGAAGAGACUUUAAAGCGUAUCAAGAGUUUGACCAACGAGAGCCAGGGAAGUGAAGAAAAAACAAGUGAAAAUUAUCAUCAGAUAGAGAUACUGUUUCAAUUGGUUGAUGGUCUACGGCGUGUGGUUGAUACUGUAGCUUCAAUCUACUCAUCGGCUAGACCGUUCGUCUCUGGGGAAUCCUGGGAGGAGAUAGCCAUGUAUCUUAAAGAAAUAGCCAAAAGACUCCCUGUGGAAGAUGAAACAAAGCCCUUGCUGUUAGCUAGAGAUGUUGAAAAAAAACAAACACAGUCCGUGUCAAACCAAGUGGCGGAAGAUCAAGCUUCCGAAGAGGAGUAUAUCGGAGAGGCUGAAACAUUAGAGCAAGAUUCGGAGAGUGAGAGCACUGAUGAUAAAGAACAUUUUAACGUAAAACUUUUCAAAAAAGUACUGAAAGAUCAUUCCACCUCAGAAAAGGGGUAUUUGGGAGAUACUGAAAUAUCUGAAGAUGCAGAAGGAGAAUGCAGUGAUGGCGAUGUUCAUUUGGAACCAGACAAUGAUGAAGGUGUCUUGUCAUCGGGAAAUGAGGAGAAACCAGGAGCAAGUGACUCAGGCAAGGAAAGUAAUCGGAGGGACACCUACUCAGAGGCUGAGCUUUUGAGACCAAGAGCACCUUCUACGGAAGAUGCUGACAAGAGGAGAAGACCCAAAAGAAGACGUUCAGAAUCCAGGUCUGCCAGACGAGAAGAAGUGCGUCAAAAACUGGAUAAUGAACUAAAAUUGCACAAAGGACGAGCCAACACCCCAGUUGAGAAAAACGAAGCCCUUGAGAAACAAUUCUCUGAAAAAGUUCACACACGGUAUUACUUCCUUCACUUGACAUACCUUGCCAGGCCACAAAGAAAAUUGAAGGAAGAAAAGUUUCCAUUAACGGAAAGGCUAAUACAACUCCGACCAAACGAAUACAAAAUGAUAAAAAGUAGGAGUGAAAGGAAAGAUCAAUUAAUAAAAAUGUUAGAAGACCUCCAAGAAGACUUAGACGAAAUAACACAAGUUAAGGAGGAUGCUGAACAGCAAGUAGAGAACAUGGAAGUAGAGUCAAAGGUAAAAGAUGAAAAUGUGAAAGAGCUGGAAGAGUAUUUGCCUACAGGUCUACAAACUCUGGGUGAGGACUUACGAACCAUCCCCUGUAAAUGGGUCAGUUUAUGCCUCGAGUUUUUCUUGACAGAUGCAAUACUUGGGGAAGGUGCAUGGGAACAGAUAUCCAAAGUGACAAGCCAUGAGUUUAAAAGCUUCAAACAACUUUGCGUGCAGCAAAAUCUCAAGGAGCGACCUAAUAUGCAACAAAUCAGAUUCGAACUAGAGGCCUCGCUUGACCCCCAAUCUGAAAGGGAAGACGCUCAACUAUCAAUUGAAGCGAUAAAGCAAAAGCUGAGAGGUAUUGUUAUAGAAAGUAACGACGAGAAUCAGCCAAGGGAAAUACAUCAAGCAGCAAAUGAACCGCACAUGACGAGUGGCAUGCAACCAAGUCGAGAGGUAACUGUCUGGAUAAUCUCACCUGAUCAACUUGAGCUUAGACAUGAAAUGGUUGUGGAAUGUGCAUGGGGAAAACCUCUGCUGGUAAGAUUUGGAGGCUGCAAAGUGCCUGUGAAACAGGGUCGCAGCUUGAUUCACUUCUCUUCCAGAUUCUCAUGUGAACGAAAAAUGAAGGUUGCUUCAAGAUGCCGCCACCCUUGUUUGCUGCAGCUCACUGGGGCAACAAACGGUGAAAGAACUCCUUUGCUUGUAACAGAACUAAUGGAAACCAGUCUGCGAGCGCUAUUGGAGCCCCAAUUUCAAACUCUCCAUGAAUUGGGAGUCUCCAUUAGCUCUUUUGAUGAAACAACCACUACUGAUUACUUAAACUCCACUAUAUCUCCACUAAUCAUCCCCCGCUAUCUCAGCAGUGAUUAUGUGUCACUAUGGCCUCAUGGUUGGCAAUGGCGAGGCAAAGUCUAUGAAUAUGGCUCGGAUGAUUUUCUUCCGCAAAUAACGACACCUAGAGCAAGGAUCUAUCAUGCUCCUGAAGCAGUUACUGAAGACAAACAGACAAUCAAGAUUGAUGGUUACAGUUUGAGAUUUAUUCUUUAUGAAAUGUUGAGAGGUUCUGCUUUGAAAACUAACGAUGGGGAUCAGCCAAGGGAAAUGCACCAAGCGGCAAAUGAAUCCAUCAUGACUAGCAGCAUACAACCAAGUCGGGAGAUACCUGACUGGAUCAUUCCACGUGACCAAAUUGAGCUGACAUGUGAAUUUCUUGGCAAAGGAAAUUGGGGCAGGGUCUCAAAAGGCUUAUUCCAUGGCUGGGCCGUAGCAGUGAAGCAAAUCCAUAAGCUCACCCUUUCCCUUAAAAACCCCUGUUUGCUGGAACAAGAAACGGAGAUUGUUUCACGAUGCAGCUGCCCUUUGAAUGUGACAGAGCUCAUGGAGACAAGUUUACAACUACUGUUGACUUCGAGAUCUCAGUCAAAAGCAGAAGUCUGUGCUAUAUCUCUGGAUGUGGCUUUGGCACUGAACUACCUUCACAACAGAGAACCGUCUCCAAACAUUCACCGAGACGUCUGCACUGGCAGUUUGUUACGGCGACAAGAACAUCAACGGAGAGGACAGUUGAAAGUUUUAAUCCCCACAACGUUCCAACAAGAAAUCAUGACAACAGCUCCUGAUAACAUGCUGUACAGCGCACCCCAAGCAAAAGGAACGAAGCAUGCUGUCGAGGAGCUGAAGAAAUGUGUUGAUGCUAGCAGCCAGAUUGUAGCAGAAAUGGGAACAUCAGCAAAAGAAAAAAUCUAUGAUUUUUCGGACAAAGAGCGGUAAAUUUUAAAGGAGUUGGAGGAGAUGCA